UUCACAAGAAAACCGCUCCUCUCUCUACAAAUUGUUCUUUCAUCUUCUCAAACACUGAAUUUUACAAGAAUCCAUAAAGAAGUUAAACAAGAUUUGUAAUUCAUGGCGCAUGAUCAAAAGAAAGAAGAAGAUCCAAGAAACGUUAAUAAUUCGUACCCUAUGGAUUUAAACUGCUACAAUAUUCUUGAUGAAAUCGGUAACAGGGAUAGCGCCAUUGUUUACAAGGCCAUUUGCCUUCCCUUGAACUCUUCUGUGGUGGCCAUUAAAGCCAUUGACCUCGAAAAAUUGAGGGCGGAUUUUGACAUUGUCCGCCAUGAAGCCAAGACUAUGACUCUUCUCUCCCACCCUAAUAUACUCCGACCCCACUGUUCUUUCACUGUUGAUAGCCGCCUUUGGGUGGUGAUGCCGUUCAUGUCUGGAGGUUCUUUACAAUCCAUAAUUUCUUCGUCUUAUCCUGAUGGCCUUUUGGAGUCGUGCAUUUCCACAAUUCUUAAAGAAACUCUAUCUGCUCUAUCUUAUCUUCAUGGACAAGGUCAUUUGCAUAGGGAUAUCAAGGCCGGUAACAUUCUGAUAGACUCUAAUGGCUCGGUGAAGUUAGCGGAUUUUGGGGUUUCCGCCUCAACUUACGAGUCAAAUUCGUCGUAUGGUUCUUUGUCAUCUUCGUUUUCAUCUUCUAUGAUGCUUACUGAUGUUUCUGGUACCCCCUAUUGGAUUGCGCCGGAGGUGAUACACUCACGUACUGGAUAUAAUUUCAAGGCUGAUAUAUGGUCUUUUGGAAUUACUGCUUUGGAAUUAGCCCAUGGAAGGCCUCCUCUCUCUCAUCUUCCUCCGUCGAAAUCUUUGACAAUGAAAAUUACAGAACGUUUUAGGCUUUCUGAUUAUAAAAAGACAAAGGAUAUGAAGAAUAAGAAAUUCUCGAGAUCUUUUAAGAAUAUGGUUGGUUUGUGUCUUGAUCAAGAUCCCUCCAAGAGACCGUGUGCAGAAAUAUUGUUGAAGCAUUCAUGUUUCAAGUAUAGCAAGGGGCCUGAAUUUCUUGUCAAGAAUUUGUUGCAGGGUUUGCCAAGUUUAGAACGAAGAUUCAAAGAGAUGAAGACUCAGAUGCCCUUAUCAUUGAACAAGACUGAUGAAGAAGAAGAAGAUGAAGAUGAGUCUACCGGCAAAACCCCAAAACAAAAAGGGAUUAGUGGGUGGAAUUUUAAUGAAGAACUUUUUGAACUGGACCCUGUGUUCCGAUCUGACAAGAGACGAAUCACAUUUGGAGAUGAAACUAUCAUUAAACACAAGGAAUGGGACUCCGACAGGUCAUCGAGUUUGAGUUCAUCAGAACAAGUUUUGACUAAAACUGAUCAAAUUAGUGUCCAAGAAUCAGGUGCUGAUGGACAAGAGGGCAAUGCAGGUGGUGGUCACAAUGAAACCGUUGAAUCCUCAGACGUUGGGAGCGGUGGUGCUGGUGGCGGCAGCAGAAGUGGCAGUGGCAUUGACAGUGGAGAUGAUGGAAUGGUGUUGGACACUAAAGUUUCCUAA